AUGGAGAAUCGUCGACGAUUGGUAUUACUGAUAUUGACAUUGUUGGUUAUUGUCAACUUGUGCAGUUUAUUGAUUCAUCCAUGUCUCGCUGUUGAACAAGUGCAACAACAACAACAACAACAACAGCAAGCCGUCGAACCCGUUGUUGUUAUAGUUGGUGAAGAAGCUGAUGCAGGUGAUAAUAAUAAUAAUAAUAACCCAUCAUCAUCAUCAACUCUACCGGUACAUACAAAGGAUGAAGAUAAUCAACAACCUACUACUAUUACUAGCAACACAAAGAAAAGAAAGGAACAACAACAACAACCAAUUAAAGUAAAUGUAAAAAAUAAACCAAAGGAAUCUCCUACAACAACAACAACACCUACAACAAAAACUGAUCAACCAACCAAACUUACAACAACUACAACAACAAAGGUUGACCAACCAAUCAAACCAAAAGAAAAAGAAGAAGAGGAGAAGAAACCAAAUAUACCUGUUGUUGUGGAUACUACCAAACAAGAAGAAGAAGAAGAAGAUAUUGAAAAGGAAAAGAAAAAUGAACAAAAAGCUACUGCUACAACUGGUACACCAUCAUCAUCAUCAUCAUCAUCAUCGACAACUGAAAAUACUGGUAGUAGUACAACUGCUGCUACUGCCAAUUCUAAACCAAUAAGAAAAAAGAAACAAUCAAAGUUUGAAGUUGUGAUUGGAUCGAUUACACAACGUUCACAUCAACAACUUUCACAACACUUGCCAAUUGCAAAGACUGAAUAUCGUGAUCGAUUCAUCAACAAUCCCAAAUAUGAAAUGAUGCCAAUGGCAUUGGCCAACGGUUCGAAAUACGAGUGUUAUGUACCUGCAGUGUUGGAGGAAUACAGAAAUACGUGGGUACCUAUCCCAACAGCCGCUGAAUUUGCAGAGCUUCUCUCUCCACUCGACGGACACUGCAUGUACAAACCAACCAAUGGUUGGUGGACAUACGAACUAUGCUACAACAAGGGUGUUAGACAACUACACUAUGACAAACAAAAGAUCGUCACCGAGUACAAUGUCGGUCUGGCACCUGAAUCUGGUGAAAUCAAAGGAUUGGAUGCAUCAUUUAUCGAACAAUACAAUAAAUAUGGAGAAGCACUUCAACACAUGACCAAUGCACAAAUGGAGGCAUUCGAGCCACCAACUCCACGUCAAGUAGAGGCUGGACAAAUCCCAUACUAUGUAGAAAUCUACAAUGAUGGUACAGCCUGCGAAGUAUUGACUGGUGUUAAACGUCAAACAGAGGUUCGUUUCUAUUGUAACGCUGAUAACCAACAAUCCUAUAUAUUCGAAAUCCAAGAACCUUCAACUUGCAUGUACUAUCUUAAAAUUUAUACCAAUCUAAUGUGCACUCAUCCAUUAUUCCGUCCAAGACAAGAUGCUUCAAUGGAUAUUGAAUGUUUCGAAGCAAAGAAAUAG